GCCGUCUACUUAAACCCAGUAGCAUUCCAGCAGGUAUUCUCUCUCUCUAGGGCUAAAUCCCCACCCCAAAUCACACACACCCAUCGUUGAAGAAAUGAAACCCUAAUCUGGACUCUUUUGGUCAACAAGGUACCAUUUAUUUAUGCAUCAAUCUUUCUUUCUGGAGAUUCAUUACGAGAAAGCAGCAAUUCGUGGCGAUUUAUUCAUCGUUUUAGGUUUCAACAUUCAAUUACUUCGUCAUCACCAACGAGCUCUGUGAAAACCCUAAAAGUUGCGUCAUUAGGUUUUUUCAAACCGUAAAUUGAUUGAUGCGUGUGCGAAUUCACCGAGAGUCCGAUUCGGACUCGAAUCGGGUCGGGGAAAUGGAACCGGUUCGAGGAAUGAAAAGGAAAAUGUAUGGUGGAGAAGAUGAUGAGGAUGAUAAAACAGUGAAAAGAGGGUGUUUGUUGAAUGCAGCUGAUUCUAAUGCUAUUAAAGGUGCUGCAAAGAUACUUUCGUCUUUUCGCCAGUCGAAAAAUGUGGAGGGCAGUGUUGGUUCUAUUGCAGCUUAUGUUAUAUUCAUGGAAGAGAGUUUAUAUGGUUUAACAGUUGGGAGUUUUAAAAGUUUAAGUUAUAGAAAUUCAUGGCGGAAACGCGUUGAGAAAGCGGAGACUUUGAGUGAAGUAAAGGCCUACUUGCUUCAACUUGAGAGGAAUAUUCGCGACAUUGCUUUUUCUUCGGAUUGGAUCAGGCACAUAGAUGAAACAGUCUCAGAAGGUCAACUCAGUCAAAGUGCUAAAAGCGUGGUGGGGUCCGUUAAAAAACGUGAUAGAAAACCAUCUAUAGUAAUACGUAAAAUCCCUUAUGCUGAUGUCAAAGAUCCGUCAACCGAUUUUGCUUGGUGGCGAGGUGGUAUGCUUUCUAAGCACAUGAUUAAGCAUACUGCUCGACAAGGUGGCUGUAAAAAAAUAAACGGUGUGCAUUACGUUGAUAGUCGCGAGGCUCUUAAAAGAAGCAAACAGUUUAUCUGGCGAGCUGCAGUUGACUUGAGCCACACUGCAUCAGAACUUGCUCUUCAGGUUAGGUAUCUAGACCUUCAUGUGAGAUGGAACGAACUUGUUUGUCCCGAACAACCUCUUCAAGACGGAAAAGGUCUAGAAGCAGAAGCUUCGGCUUUUCAGAAUGCGUGCAUUACCGAUAAGAAAAAGACGGGAACCAAACUUUGUUACGGUGUUGUUUUUGAAAACCAAAAGCAUCUUCCGUCACGUGUUUUAAAAAAAGUAUUGAAAGUAGAGGAAACCGGAGAUAAAAAGUCGAAAAACUGGUUUUUUGAGAUGCACAUUCCGGUAUAUCUUAUCAAAGAGUAUGAGAUGGUAGUGGCGGCUGAUGUAAAGUUGCCAGAUUCUGAUAUUAAACAUGUGACAAAAUUACCUAAAUUGAGCAAAAAGCAGUUAAAGGCUUCUGGCAAGAAUCUAUUUUCGUUUCUAGAGCAGAAGAGGGAAAACAUGGGGAACGUUUUUUGUACUUUUUGUCAACGUGAUGUUUCGUUUAGGGUUGCUGCAAGGUGCAGUGCAUGUGAGGGUUAUUGUCACGACCAGUGUGCUGUUGGUGCAUAUAAUAUUCAAACAGCUGCGCGUAUCGAGUUUAUAGUCACUUGUAAACGGUGUUACGACAUUGAAAAAGAUGUGACACCUAAUAAUGAGAUUCAUGGCGACUCUCCUACUAGUCCUUUGCUAUCGCAAGGUCAAGAAAGUCAACAUUCAACCUCACUCAUUCAGGUGGAAAAACAAAACGGUCAUGAAAGACCAUUAGAACAUUCCUAUCCGAUAUCCAGUCAACCAGAAAUAGAGCCGUUGCUAUUGCAAGGUCAAGAAAGUCAACAUUUAACAUCACUCAAUCAUGUGGGAAAACAAAACAGUCAUGAAAAACCGUUAGAAUGUUCCAAUCCGAUAUCCCGUCAACCAGAAAUAGGUACAACUGGAGAGGAAAGUAGUCAAAACCCGCCUCUACAAUCUGUUGACCAAGGUACAACUGGAAAGGAAAAUAGUCAAAACCCGCCUCUGCAAUCUGUUGACCAAAAGCCGGAAGUUUUUAAUCCUGGUAAGGGGAUAAAAAAGAGAAACAAGAAGGUAUGUUUUGGGUUGAUUUGGAAGAAACGGUACGCAGACGACACAGGAGAUGAAUUCCGGAAAAACAAUAUACUUUUGAAGGACGAUCCAAAUGGGCGUUUGCUGGCACCGAAGUGCCAGCUGUGUAAACGACCGUAUGACUCUGAAUUGAUGUAUAUUCUUUGCCAAUCAUGCAACAACUGGUUUCAUGCCGAAUCUGUUGACUUCCAAAUGUCAAAAGUUAUGGAAGUGUAUGGGUACAAAUGUUGCAGGUGUCGAAGGAUCAGGAUACCCAUUUGUCCUUAUAUGGAUUUUUUUACCCGAGAGAGGUUAGAAAGGAAGAAAUUAGGAUACAACGAUCCUGAUCUUGAGUUAGCAUCUGAUUAAGUGUUUAAGUAAACGGUUAGAAGCGUUACCUUCAAGGGAAAAACCAAGGCACGCUUUGCAUCUUGUACCGCAACGAUGAAAGAGAUGCUCUCUUUUAGACUAAUCUUGCAAGUACAAGGGUCAAAGGAGUCGUACUUAUAAACUUUUGCACAUGUACUUGUUUAUGGUUCAGUAACUUCAUCUUACUGUUUUGUUGUUUCUGAAUUACCAUGUUUAGAACCAAAUUGCCUAUACUUAAAAUGGCGCAUUCUGACGCGCGUCCAUUUUAACUUGUGAGAGUAUUUAUUGCUCGAUUUUGCCAACUAUUUAGUUUUUUUUCUAAUCUCUAGUGUUGGUUA